CCUUCCUCCGACGAAUAUAUCCUACCUUAACUGUGAUUAAGGGCUUAGAUUUGCUGUAUUUCUUGACAAAGCAAAAGGGAAAAGCGACGCCGCCGUGGCUGCAAACACCGCAAUCAAUCAUCAUAGACCCUUUACAACAUCAGCAGCACAAAGAAAGGAGAAAGAAAAAGAGAAAAAGCAAGAGCUUGCUGCGUUUCUCCGCUGCCUCUCCUCCGCCGUUGCGCCACCGGUAGCUGCCGACUUCCGUCAACUUACUCAUCUCCGGUUUGGUCGCUCCUGUCCAAGGAUUGCAAUGGACACUAUUAAACAAGAGAAAGUAAGGAGAUUUGAGGAGUUUAUUGAUCGCCGUCUGAAACCAGAUCUUGUUCACGCAAUUGUUGAACGGGACAAAGUCUUUGAACAACAAAAAAUUUUCUCUGAUUUAAGAAGUAAUAUAGAGAAUUUGGAGAAGAACAGUGUAACUAAUCUGAAGACGUUGGUUAAUAUUGGCUCGGAAGUAUACGUGCAAGCUGAUGUGCCAGAUACAACACACAUAUUUGUUGAUGUCGGACUUGGAUUUCAUGUGGAGUUCACUUGGUCGGAAGCUCUAAAUUAUAUUUCAGCAAGGGAGGAGAAAUUGGCCAGGCAAAUAGAGGAAUAUACACGUCUAAUCGCAUCAAUUAAAGCCCAGAUCAAGAUGGUUUGUGAAGGGAUACGUGAGUUGCUCCAGCUUCCAGAAGAGCUAGCUUACUAAGAUGUAUACGUCUUAAAUUGAGAGAGGGAAUUGUUCAAAUUUACUGUCCAAGGAAUGAAGACAUAUUUUGUUGAGAUACCGUAACAUGGGCAUUUAUAAUUUAUAGUAUGUCUUUUUUUCCUUAUAGUAUAGGACAAGAAAGCUUUUAGUCAUCGAGUUAGGCCGAAUGUCUAUUUCUUAUCAUAAUGCUGAAUGUUUAUUUAUGAUAUUAGAGACAAAUUCUUUA